AUGGACCGUGCCCCUGUCCACGACAAGGACAGUCAGAAACGACGCAAGAAGAGCCAGGAGAGCAGCUCGACAGGCCACGUGGACGCCAUGGACGACGAGCAGCUCGAGCUCUUUCAUGUCGUGCAGGAAGAUUUGUGCCAAAAGUCGACGGUUGGCUGGCAAAACGCCGUGAAAGUGCUUAAUUCGGCCUACCAGCACCUCGAGCGACCGGAAAGCCAAGCAUUUUUGGAUGAUGCCUUUUCCAAGAUUAUCAGUAUCAUGCUGGACCAGCAUGCAAGCAAGAUCGGGUCGUUUGAAAAGUCGUGUGUGACGCAAUGCUUGUCGCUGGCGGUUCCACUGGUAGUCGCUCAGCUGAAAGCAGGCAAGUAUUUUCAGGCGCUGCCGGUGCUGACGAUGCUGUUUAGCAAGAAGAAGACGUUUUAUAAAGAUCUUCGCACGUCUGCAAUGAUUGGCAGCUACUGGAACAAGGUGCCGGGGUCGCCAGAAGUGCGGGCGCAGUGCAUUGAAGCGUUUUGUGAGCUCAAGGGAUUUCACUUGCUACUGAGCACACUGGAGCUAUUGAUGAACAAUCGACAAGAGAGCGAUGACCUCGAAGCUGUCAUGGAUGGCGAGGAUAUCCGUAUUCUUUUACAAGCGCUGUUGGAGUUCCGAACGUUUGUACCAGAAAGCCUCUGCACUAAAAUCUCCGUCUUGAUCAUGACGUAUUUUACUAAAAUCUCGGAUUCGGUGUUGAAGAAAGAGUCGAGUGACGCGGUAGGAGCCGUCAUUAGCACGAUUCGAAGAUUCGUAGAUGCAGGCAUUGUUUCGCCCGAAGCCAUAAACGCUUUAUGGCUAGACAUUACGGAAAGGUACGUGGAAUCGACUUCCUUGCCUCUGCGGCUUUUCGGUUUGGAGCAGAUCAACCAUAUUGUGAACUGCGCUCGAGCAUCCCGAGCUCUCCCUCCACGCUAUUUUGUCCGAAAUGCCGGUACAGCUGCCGUUAAUGGAGUGUAUACGCUGAAGGCUAACACGUCGUUGGCGACGUACGUGUUCAGGCAGCAAGAAACGGGCCAAGUAUUUACGCUCUUUUGCUGCACCAUGAAAAGCGGUAUGAAGUGGUGGUUUAUCUCAGAGGCUGACAAGAUGCAGCCCGGGUCAGAUCAAGAUAUUGACUAUUACCAGCAUCAAUCACAGUACGAAGAGUAUUUACCUCCAACGCAUAACUGGAUCCCUACUGGAAAAGGGGAGACUCCAGCUCCUGAACUCAUUGCAGAAAGUGUCCAGGAGAAUGGUGAGGAGCAUGUCAAUCGGCUUGACAAUACCUUGAGUACUUGGGUGGUCGAAAAAAAGGUUCUUGAGGGAAUUUUUGGUGACAGAAUCCAUCGUGAGAUCGUAUCCCGCAGUGCGUUGCUCGUAAAGUUUUUGGCGGAGUCGAACAGGUUGGAUACGCACUCGAUUGACGUGAUUUGGCAGUCCUGUAUCCAGAAAGACCAAACUCUUGUACACGAAAUUCACAACUUACUGAUCACCACGGUACCUUUGUUGUCAAAUGAGCUGCUAUUGCACCUCGUGGAAAGUAUCCACGCGUCGCUGUUGCGAAGCUUGGAAAAGAACGAGUCUUUCCCAGAGCUGGUCGCAUUUUUGCAGCGGCUAGCGACUAAUUCGCCCAGCUUUCUUAUGGAUCGUAACGUGAACGUCACGACAGCAAUCCUACAGCUACUCUGGUCGAUUCAGAUGCACUGCAGUAUUGCAAACAUUCGAUUGAGCAGAAGUCUACGCGAUUUUUUUCAGGAAGGGCUAAGGAGCGAGUACGGAGAACCGCUGCGAAAGGCAUUUUUGAAUGAGUGUGUCGACGGAAUUAAAAAGUCAUGCUCGCUGUCAAGUCCGGCACGACAUUCUGUAUCGUCGCCCUCUUCUACGAUAACUCUUCCAGCUUUUAGUACCACUACAUCAGCGGAGAUGACUAGCAAGUGUUCGACAGCCUCCAAGUCGUUGGAGCUGUUAAAAUUUUUGAUCGACUCUUACCGAAUGGAUCAGGCCCUCGUAGUGGAAUCGCUUAAUUCAGAGCACGGUUUGGUUAGCCUAUUGUUUGACGAGCUUGCAGCUUUUGUGGCGCGCAGAACCGAUAAGCAGUCCCCCAGCUAUCGCACUGCUGUCGGCCAUCGCUUGGAAUUGAUUCAUUACGUUCACGUAAAGUCGCCAAAGCUGGAACUACUGAUUCCGCAGAUCGAGCGUUUGUGGACUGUGCUGUCAUCUUCACCUGCCGAGCGUGAACUGUGUCUGAUAUUUUUUAACCAGACGAGUAUGCGCCGCAACCAGCAAGGUGGAGCAACGCCUAGCAUUAAUAUGCGGGGUGGAUCGAUUAGCUCAGCCUUCAAUUUGGACGUGUGCUUCUACGUUUUUAACGAAUUAUUAUGCAAACAAACUGACUUCCGGACGCUUGGAUGUAUGGGCUACAAGUGUUUCAACACCUAUUUCGUGGGUCUGAAUGCGCUGCCCAAGCCGAUGCAACGCUUUGAAAGGUCUUCGGACAGUAGCACGUCGAACUUGCUUGGAAUGGAUGCUUUAUGGCGUAUUGCAUUUGAAGCCCCCUUGGAAGUCGCCGAAAUGGCUACGCGGGAGUUGCUUCGUGUUUACGGACGUCCAAUGACCGAGCUCGUUUACGAGGGUGAAAGCAACUCUGACGAUGGUGUGAAAGAUUUCUUGUCACGUGUGUUUAAACAGCUAUCUACGGUAAAGGACAGCUCACUAGACUCUCUGAAGUUGGUGCAGCAAUGUGCGAGUCUUUUGACAGGGCUGGUGUCUAGCGCUCGUAAGAAGCAGACGUUCGUUCCACAUGGGCUAAGCGGUCGCGGCGCGUACUUCACGGUCAAGGUGAUAGCCCAGCGAAUACCUCCAUCUAACGCGAUCGGAUCAGGAAGUUCUGCGACAGCUGUUUCAAAUCACGACAAUGCGGUGCGAACGAUGCAAGUCUCUGUGUACUCCAACCAGACGCUAAGCCUCUUCCGAAAACAAAUUGAAAAGCUAGUGAGCCAUCCUACGGAGCGGACAAAGAUCCUCUCGUCUGGUUCGGCAAUCUCAGGAGAUCACAAAACACUCGCAGAUUUGCAGAUCACGGAGUCCAGUGAAGUGCGAGUACUAAUGUUUAAUUCGGUCGUGCAACGUUCCGGCUCUAACGCAAUGGACCAAGAUCACUUGAUGGCUUCGUCCGGUAAUAGUUCACCUACUUACCCUUCAUCUCCCUCCUUCAAGCAGCACCCCGGGUUAGUGGUUGCACGUGAUGCUUCUUAUUUCGAAAUACUUUUCCGUGUGCUAGACGUUGUGGAAGGCCAUUCGGUUCACGAGUUGCUUUGGGCGUUUUUGAAGCAAAUCCCUACAAGUGACGAGCUACUUAACCGCGUUUCCGAUAUUGGCGCGGCUGAGGUGAGUGAUGAGCAUGUGAAUACUGGCCUCCCCUCGUCGGAUCGACCUGCUGAAAAAGGAAGUGAAUCGAACUGGUCGUCUUUGCUGAAAAGCAUUUCGUCCCAUCAGGCUAUUUACACACUACAAAUUAUGGAUGCGCUGCUUCUCCCUUCGGAAAUCGCUAAGAUCCCGUUUGCACAGACGUAUCUCCAGCGCUUCAUAUCUGGAGGUGGAUUUCACGAAGUGCUAUCGUAUUUCAUUGGCGCUAACUUUCACGAGAGCUCUUUCAACGAAGGUGCUGCCGUGGCACUUCGUAUUUUGAAGUUUUGCCUUUUCGAUUCAGGCCACGAUAAAGGGCUUUACUCGGUGACGGCUGCCGCGAAAUCCCCCGGUGAAGAGCUCGGUGGUGAGGCCUUGGUGGAUACUGACCAUGGCGUAGGUGGGGGUGCAGAAACGCCUAGGACGAAAAUUGUCAUGGAGCAGGAUCGAUACGUACAGUUAGUGCUGAAGAUUGCUGAGCUUGUGGUUUCUGAGUACACACGAGUUGAGGAGAAAACUUCAGAAAAGAACACUGCACACCGCAUUUUGAUCGACGCUGUAAAGACGGUUGAGUCCAUUGUGUCCAUUUCGCAGGAUGCGGCAGCUAAGUAUAUUAAGGCGCUAGAACCACGCGCUAUCAUUAUCACUAUCUUUAUGAAUUGUGAGUCAGAGCAAGUGCGACAGCAGUGGCUCUCAUCAGUGGAAUCUAUCUGUAGGGCAUCUGAUGCGGCAGCUGAGGUGGUGUUUGACGAAAGUAUCCAGUCCGUUGAUCGUGUUGAGAGCGUGACCGCGCCAUGUGAUCAGUAUGCGCGCAUGCUGUGUUUUUUGGCGCGUCUUGAGGGCGGCAAUUCGUCUUCGUAUUGUCUCAGGCUUGCCAAGGCUGUGGUGGCAAAACUGCGUCGUGGUUUUGCGAGCAAGUUCCUAGCCUGCAAUGAGCGGUCGGGUGAAGUACUGAUCGGAUUCAUGGAAUUUUUGCGUGAUGUGCUGGUGGUGCAUGCUGACGUGCGAGCCGGAAUCGCCCGUGAUAUCGUAGAUGUCGUGUAUGAAGAGUGUUUGUUCACUUUGCCAUCAGAAGACCGACGCCGCUGCCCGCUGUGUGUGUCGCUCGAGACGCGACGUCCUGCGUUCAAGCUGCUAGCUAGUGCGAUUUCUUCAGAUGCAAGCAUUCUGCACGACUUGCAUGGGCGCCUUACUAGGCUGUUCACACGAAGUAACGCGUUGCGGUUUAAGUGGGGCCAAGAGAAUAACAUUGAAACACGCGGCAACGGCGAACAUGUCGGGCUUAAAAAUCAAGGCUGCUCAUGCUACAUGAAUUCUUUUUUGCAGCAGUUGUUCAUGCAUCCAACGCUGCGCCGAGGACUGCUAGGCGCUAAGGUAGCACCCCGCCCUACUCCCCAAGAACCGACAAAGGCAGAAGCAGAAACAUUCCCGGAGCGCUUGAUGGGUUGCCGUGUGGCACUAGAAUGUCUCGGGGGACGGGUAUAUGAAGCAGAUGUUGUGGGAUACGAUGAUGCAUCUGGUCAGCACACGAUGCGUUACGAGAAUGGAGGCGAGGCAAGCUUUGUGCUGACCGAGGGGCGACCGGGAAAUGAAAAUGGCCGCUUUGUGAUUUUGCAAGCGGAGCUGAUGGGCACUCACGCGACGUUGGAAGUUCUUCGUCAACUUCAGCGCACGUUCUGCUACUUGCGCGACAGUGAGAUGCGUUAUUUCAAUCCGAAGGCGUUUGUCGACUCAUGCACGUGCCUAAAUCUGGAGUUCUCGGUUUACCAGCAAAACGAUGCAACCGAGUUUUGUGAUAAACUACUGGAUCGGUUGGAGACAGGCCUUAAGACUACACCUCAAGGCACAAGGUGCCUACAGGAUGUACUCGGGGGCAAGCUUAUAUCUCAGAAGCUUCCAAAGGAUUGCGGACACCGGUACGAACGUGAAGAGCCGUUCAUUCGAUUAGAGCUACAGAUUCGUGGAAAGGAGAGUAUUGAAGAAUCCCUCUCAGCUUUCGUUGAAGGGGAACUCAUGGAUGGUGACAACAAGGUGGAAUGUGAGCUCUGUGCUACAAAGAAGGCUGCGGUGCGACGGACGUGCUUCGGGUCGCUACCAAACCUACUAAUUCUUCAUUUGAAACGUUUCGAUUUGGACUACACGACGUUUGAGACAGUAAAGUUGAAUAAUCGCUGUUCGUUCCCUAUGCGCCUGAGCAUGAAACCAUACACGAAGGCUGGUAUAGAAGAGCAGGAGGCCCGCUGUAAUCUGCAGCAAGAGAGCGAAGAGACGUCGACAGACGAAGACAUGGCCUCCGAUGACUCAAGCGACUCGGACGAGUUUAUGACUAAUGCUAACGACGAUACGCCAGCACUUCCUGCUGCAGUGUCACCGACGUCGACAACCAGGCUUGCUGCACCACCACUGGGUGUGAGUGGUGAAGAUAGCAUUAAGUCCGAUCCUGAUUACGAAUACCGGCUUAAGGGCAUUCUGGUGCACUCGGGUGUAGCUCAAGGCGGCCACUAUUAUUCAUUCAUUUAUGACCACAUGUCCGAAAAGUGGUUCAAGUAUGAUGAUGAAGACGUGACGCCGUUCGACCCUGCUAACAUUGAGACUGAGUGUUUCGGUGGAGUCCAGCGUCGUUCGUGGCACGGAUCGAACAAUUCUAUGGAGAUGGAAGUGUUCAGUAAUGCACUCAUGCUCUUCUAUGAGAAAGUCGUGCCUGUCGAACGGUCUGCAGCAUCUGUUUCUGAAGCCGAGACAGAAUCUGAGAUCGCUGCCGAUGUCGUUGCUGCUGCUCCUGAUGAAGAGCGUUGCGAAUAUGAAGUAGAAGUUUGGAAGUCGAACGAAGUAUUUUUGCAGAACUCGUACCUCUUUGAUAUGGAAUUUCAUGAAUUCCUGCGGGAGAUGGUGCAGUCACAGUACAUGGACGACGCCCAAGUUCCAGCCGUGGAAGGGAACGUGCCGCCGCCGCAGUCAAGUGAUACUGGUGCUGUACGAGAAGCAGUAGCUGUCCAGGAUAAACGUGCUGAUGGCGACAUCCAAGUGGCACUAACAGAGAUCGGAGUGGAGUUCGUUUUAGGCGUGCUGUUGCAUUCGCGUGAAAAGCACGGAAUCGCACGAUGGAUUACGGUGCUUGCAUCCAAGUUCACGCUGUCCAAGGCAUCAUGUGUACGCUUCUUUUCCGCGCUAUCGACGUCGAAGCAGAUCUCAUGGCUGCGUGGGUUACUUUUCGAGUGCCCUGAUUCGAUUGCACGCCAAUCAUUCGUACAUUUAGUAUCUCGAGCACUUACGGCGUACGAGGCUCAUAUGAAGGAAGAGCAGGCUGUGUUGGACGAAGCGAGUGCUCAAGUAGCGAUCGCCGCUGACAUAGCAAUUAUUCGCGCGUUUGUGGAGUCCAUCGCUUCGUUCUUGGACCAGACGUCCAUUAUGCAGCAAUCGCACUUGGAGGAGUGUUUCAUGCUUUUGCGAAACUGUGCUGAAGUCAGUGCCACGACGCGUACUCAGUUGCAGAAAGUCGAGAUGGUUGCACGCUUGAUUAAUUUCUUCCUGUGCGAGCGGGGCCCCAGUCUGCUAAAAGAUGCAUUCCCUUCCUCGACAUUGCGACCGACAGCUUCAAGAUACGCUUCGCCUGAUUACCAGUACCUUCUCGAAGCAGUUAUUGCUAUAUUAGGAAUACAGAAGCGUUCAACAGAACCCCUGCUUGCCGAGAACAGCACGCUCUACCCACAUCGGACUGUUCUAUCGGAGAAAGCGGAACACGCGCUGACAGAAGUAUUCGAGGACUUCCAGAAACCAGGAGGUGUAAGUAGCAGGCCGGGUAUGGGCCUUGCAGAGCUCAAGAAGUACUUCUCCGUGCUGCUGAGCGGUGCUGUAAGUAGUCUAGCAGUUGAGCAACAGGCCCGGAGUAUGCUAGCGAAAUAUGGCACACCCAGCGAUGACGUGGCAAAGGAUGGAUCUGGAGCUAGUGCUUUGCGUGUAGAGCUUGAAGGGUUCAUUCUGUACUACACGGACAUGGCCGGAUCGUCGACAAAGUCAGUGCUACAGGAUCUCCGCGCUUUCGGCUUCAGUGAGGAUCUUCAGCGUCGCCCCACGUCUGGCAGCGAUGGUUUAACAAGAUCUCAAGUUCUUGAGGGAUUGAGUGCCUUAAGUCGUGGGGCAUUGCUAAACGAUGUAUUCUUCGACUCGGCACUGGAGGAAGAAGCAGAAACAACAUCGGAGCUGCUGCUACGGUUAAGUUUGGGUGAUCGCGAAACAUCUACGCGCCUGUUGCGUGCGCUGUUGCACUGUCUCCAAAGUACCGAGACAGGAUGGAAGGGGCAACCCGUGGUUGACGCUUGCGCGCUUGCACUGCAGCGUGUCUUGGGCUAUGAAUGUGAGUAUCAGAAAGAGCUUGUGGAGCUGGCACUAACGCACUGCGACUAUGGCUUGCUUAGUUCUGCGCGCAGCCGAGAGAGCCUGCGCUCACGGUACGCAAAUAGUACGCAUGUUCCGCUUUUCGUGUACCGACAACUGGCAAUAUUGCUAGAGCUGCGUGCACGAGUGCCUGUCGUGAGCGCAUGGCUGGAUGAACAUCGUGGCGAGUGGGAGUGGCUUUACGAGUGGUUACGCAUCGAGUCGCUUCAACCUAGCUUAGGUGGACGCUUGUCGAUACUGAAACGUGAGCCCACAAAGGAAGAAAUGUUGUGGCGGCUGGGUGAGGCAUUGGGAAUAUUGUAUCAGAAGGAGCAGCGGCGGUAUGUGGUGGAAGGCGCCGGGUAUGCCUCCGUCAAUGGUGUGUACGUUAGCUCUUCAAUCCACGACAACUGCUUGACGUAUUCUUGCGUCAAGAGCAACAUCGAGUACACGCUUUUUCGAUGCUGCAUGCCUAGCAAGGCUCGUCGGUGGUAUAUUUCCUAUUCUCCGAACAAGAACCUACUCGGAACGAUGUCAGAUGAAGAUUUUUACUUUGUACAGUCGAGCGUUGAUGACGAGUCUCCGCCAGGGGAUGGCUGGAAGAUGUGGGUGAAGAACGAGAAAGCCAAGCCUCCCGUACCCACUGUUCGUCUCUAUAGCUCCACGGUCGCUGUGCUAGACGGUGAAGGUGAUGCUGCAGAUGCCUCCGAUUCAUACGACGGUUACACGGAAGGCGGUGGCUUUCCCGAGCACGAGGAGGGAUCACGUGCUCCGAUCACGCCUUCAGCCGAUGUCGUAGAGACGCUUGGAGUGGAUGUGGACGCAGAGACAGUGGAGUAUGAUGAUAGUGAGGACGAGAUCCGCGAUAGCAACGAGCGUUUUCGAGCGGUGCAUUUGGACACACAGGAAAAUGGCAGCGGCACGGACGACUUCAUGUAA